AUGGUGCGUCUGAGGGAAAUCCCAAGGACGGCCACCUUCGCCUGGUCCCCCGGCGCCGCGUCGCCAUUGAUCGCCACCGGAACCCGCGCUGGAGCCGUUGAUGCCGAUUUCUCCAACAAGACAUGUCUUGAACUUUGGGAUCUCGGCCUUGACCGCGCAGAUGCGAGUGAAGAGCUCCGCCCUCUAGCUAAGAUUGACACAGACUCCGGUUUCAACGACUUGGCAUGGACUACGUCCGAAGAUAACCAACGGGGCGUGAUUGCGGGUGGUCUGGAGAACGGCUCCUUGGACUUGUGGGAUGCCGAUAAGCUUCUCGCUGGAUCUAGUGAUGCUCUGAUCUCAAGAACCACCAAGCACAGCGGUGCCAUCAAGGCACUCCAAUUCAACCCCAAACACCCGAAUCUGUUGGCAACCAGUGGCGCAAAGGGAGAGCUUUUUAUCUGGGAUCUGAAUGACAUCGAGAACCCCUAUCGAUUGGGCAACAACGCGGCUCGCACAGAUGACAUUGACUGCUUGGCCUGGAACAAGAAGGUUCCUCACAUUCUGGUUACCGGUAGCAGCGCUGGAUUCGUGACGGUCUGGGAUGUCAAGACGAAGAAGGAGAGCCUGACCCUAAACAACAAGGGUCGCAAAGCCGUCAGCGCAGUGGCAUGGGACCCCGCGAGGCCCACGAAGCUCAUUACCUCUACACCCCUCGAGUCAGACCCGGUCCUUUAUGUUUGGGAUCUCCGCAACUCCCACGAGCCCGAGCGGGUAUUGGCAGGCCACGAGUCCGGUGUGCUUUCACUUUCAUGGUGUGACCACGACCCGGAUCUUCUCUUGUCAUCCGGUAAAGACAAUCGCAACAUCUGCUGGAACCCUCAAACUGGUCAAGCUUAUGGCGAGUUCCCCGUUGUCACCAACUGGACUUUCCAGACCCGCUGGAACCCCCACAACCCCAACUUCUUCGCCACCGCAUCCUUUGACGGAAAGAUCUGUAUCCAGACUCUGCAGAACACAAAGACCGAUAACUCUCAGGCCAUCGCCGAUCACAACCAGUCCCUGGAUGGUGAAGACUUCUUUGCCAAGGCUCAGACUCAACCUCAGGUAUCGAAGUUCUCCCUCCCCAAGGCCCCUCGCUGGCUUGAGCGGCCUUGUGGUGUCACCUUCGGGUUUGGAGGCCGGGUGGUCUCCUUUGGCACUGCCAAGGACUCCCGCGUAUCAAAAAUUCAGAUCACGCCUUUCGAGGUUGACGAGACUGUUGGCAAUGCUACGGAGAGCUUCGAGACCGCUUUGAAGGAAGGCGAUAUUCGAACUCUGUGUGAGACGAGAGCCUCGGAUGCUACCAGCGAGGCCGAGAAGGCAGACUGGAAGGUUAUGCAGGCUUUAAUCUCCCAGAACCCUCGCAAGGACUUGGUGGAAUACUUAGGUUUCGCUGACCAGGCCGACGAAGCUGCCGACAGCCUUUCCAAGCUUGGAUUGGACAAGAAGGAGGACGAGGAGCCUGCUGCUGUAGCUGCCAAGCCGGCUGGUGCCAAGAAGCACAAGCGUCUGCAAUCCAUGUUUGACCCUAACCCUGAAGGCGAUAGCUUCUUGUCAGAGCUCGCUGCUUCCAAGGGCGCUCAAAACAACAACCCAUUCCACAUCUUCAAUGGCUCAGAGACCGAAGCCGAGCAGCAAAUCACUCGCUCCUUGCUUCUCGGUGAGUUUGAGAAGGCCCUGGAGGUUGCUAUCCGCGAGGACAAGAUGGCUGAUGCCUUCAUGAUCGCUAUCUGCGGUGGUCCUAAGUGCGUUGAGAAGGCCCAGGCAUACUAUUUCUCCAAGCAGUCCGGCGGUCCGAACUACAUGCGUCUACUGGCUUCGAUUGUCGGCAAGAACCUCUGGGACGUGGUCCAUAACGCCGACUUGUCUAACUGGAAGGAAGUCAUGGCAGCGUUGUGCACGUUCGCUGACGAGAAGGAAUUCCCCGACCUCUGUGAUGCUCUUGGAGACCGUCUGCAAGAGGAAAUCCAGUCUAGUGAUGACAAGAGCGCCCGCAAGGAUGCUUCUUUCUGUUUCCUGGCUGGCUCCAAACUUGAGAAGGUGGUUGCAAUCUGGGUCGAGGAACUCCGCGAGAACGAGCAGAAGGGAAUCGAAAACAAGACCGACAACUCUUCAUUCUCCGUUCAUGUCCGUGCUCUGCAGGGCUUGAUCGAGAAGGUUACCAUCUUCCGUCAAGUCACCAAGUUCCAGGAUAACGAACGCACUAAGGACUCGGACUGGAGCCUGAGCGUCCUGUAUGAUAAGUACAUCGAGUACGCCGAUGUUGUUGCAGGCCAUGGACGCCUGCAAAUCGCUCAGAAGUACCUUGACCUUGUGCCCGAGAAGCAUCCCGAGGCUGAGUUGGCUCGCAACCGCAUCAAGCUGGCCACCCGCCAGGUACCCCAGAAGGUGCAGCCUGCUGCCGCAGCAGCAGCCAAGAGUGCCUACAAGCCCCUCCCGCAGCAACCCAAUCUGUACCAGCCGCAAUCGGCAUUUGCUCCGGCACCCGCUGCGAACCCCGUUGCUCCUCCCAAUGCUUUCGCACCUCCUGCGCCUGUUGCACCCGCGCAGGCCAACCCCUACGCUCCUCAGGCCAGUGCCCAAUCCGCCAGCCCAUAUGCUGCCCUUUCCAGCGCAGGACCUUACGCUCCGACAACUGGGUACCAGCCAACUCAGGGUAUGAGGGCCCCCAACUAUGGCCCGCCUUCUGCCUUCGGCGGACAGCCAGCUGGCGCUGGUGUACCUCCUCCUCCUCGUGCGUCUGGUACUCAAUCGCCCGCCAACCCUAUCACGACCUACACCACAGCCACCGGUCUGCCAGCCUGGAAUGAUCUGCCAGAAGGCUUUGCCAAGGCGCCCGCGCCUCGUCGCUCCACCCCUGCUGCCGCGACCGGGCCCAUUGCUUCUCCCUUCCCUAACCAAUCGCCGACGCUACCACAAGGGCCUCCCCCCGUUGGUGCCCCCCGAGCUCCCUCCGUGCCUCCCCCACCCAAGGCGGGUAGCGUGCCUCCUCCACGCAUGAUGUCGCCGGCAUCUGGUAGCCCAGCUGGGGCUAACAUCCCUGGUCCUUCCCCACCACCAGCCAACCCCUACGCGUCACUUACUCAGUCGCCGCCUGUGGGUUCAGGGAACAUGGCACCUCCGGCGUCCAUCCCCAGAGGAGCUUCGCCCUACAACGCUCCUCCUAGCAUCCCCCCUCCCACAAACCGGUAUACCCCGAGCCCGGCAGCACAGGCCGCCGCGAACCCUCAGCUUCAAUCCCGUGGACCCGUGCCUCCUCCUCCCCCAGCGGCUGCCUCACCCUAUGCGCCGCAGGCGAUGUCCCAGCCCCCGGUGAACCCGUAUGCACCCACCACGCCCAUCGCCACUCAGCCUCCACCCAUGGCUCCUCAAGCUGUCGCUCCUCCUCCACAAGGAUCCCGACCUGGCACGGCUCAGUCGCAGAGGCCACCCCCUGCUGCCCCCAAAUAUCCCCCCGGUGACCGUUCCCACAUCCCUGCUAACGCUCAACCUGUCUUCGAAAUUCUCUCAGCGGACAUGGAACGCGUCAAGGGCCGAGCUCCUGCGGCUUUCAAGCAACAGGUUGAUGAUGCCGAGCGCCGCCUGAACAUUCUCUUCGAUCACCUGAACAACGAGGAUCUGCUCAAGCCCAACACUGUCGAGGAUAUGGCAAACUUGGCCCGCGCUAUUCAAGCCCGUGAUUAUGCUACCGCUACUUCUAUUCACGUCGCGAUCAUGACCAACCAGAACGAUGAAUGUGGUAACUGGAUGGUUGGUGUCAAGCGUCUUAUCAGCAUGAGCCGUGCUACCCCAUAA